CUUCUUGUGAGGAACAGGUCCUGAGGAAACAGGAAGUAUUAGCAUAAAAGCAGAGUUGAAUAAAGCUACUGGGUAAAACAUGUGGAUGUGUGUACAGCUGACCUAUCCUGUCAAAUAGCUAAGACAGAACAAGGACCAGAACAGUUAACAGCUUGGUUAGAAAAAACAUGAUAGCGAACAGGCUGGCCUAGACCCUGAUGUGCAGCAAGCCGUUGCUGUAGUCCAGCCUGGAGCCCACUUGUCACACACAGGAAUAUCCGCAGCCCCAUCUGGUGUUCAUAGGGUCUGGAAAGAGGCUUGGGAGUUUGUGGCGAAAGUAAGAAAGCAAUUAGCCUCAUACUGAUGGUUCAUUGAACAUUUAUUGAUGGUUCAUGUGUCUAGCUCAGGAGUCCAGAUAUAACUGACUCCCAAGGAAAAAAAUCUGCCCAACCAGACAAAAUGAUCCUGGACAAGACCUAGCCAGUUGUUCUGACUUCCCACCAAGGCCUGCUUUCACCUGCUCACAGAAACCAUGUUCUGCAUAGGCCAGCUGUCCAGAGACAUGCCUGGUGACCAGUAAUCACAGUGGAGAGAGGGCUGUCCUGGCUCUGACCCGGGCUAUCAGAUACUGGGAGGAAGCAGUGGGAUCAGGAGGGGAGGAUACAGUUUGACUCAUCAAAGGCAUCCUGAGGUUUCCCUGGCUGACUCCUCCAAGGGGCCGUAGACAAUCAGUGCAUUGUCAGCGGCUGUAGCAUGGAGCGAGGGCACAUCCACACUGAAAGCCUCAGGUCCAGGCUUCUUGAGGUAAGUGUCUCUACCAUCCCCACACAAGAACACAGGGAUAGAUACCGCAGGAGACAGGAGUGUUACCAUCCACCAUCAACCCUUUCCCUGAGGAAGUGGGAUCCCUGGUCUCUAACCCAGAAGCCCCACUGACAGUAAUGUGCCCCCAGGUGAAGACUAAAACCUGCCCUAGGGGCUGGAGAGCUGCAGGCCUGCUGCUACUGCUGACACUGGCCACUGCAGGGGCCCUAGCUGGAGGGCUUCUUGGCUUCCUGUACAGCCCUCCCAAGCCAUUGUUGCAGAUGCUCCAAAAGACCUUCUCAAGCUCCAGGGUGCCCUGGCCCAACCAAACCACUCUAGUGGACGUGGCCCAGAACAUGGCAACUAUCGUGGUGUCUCCGCUUCAGAACAACCACAGCUGGGCCGUGCUGUUCGACGGGCAAAGUGGCUACAUCUGUUACCGCCCUGCAGAGCACCAGGCCUGCUUCCUCCGUCUGAUGGAAGCCCAAGAUUGGGAGACCCUACGGCUGCUGGUGAACACUUCCAGGGCCCAAGAAUCCCGUGUACCUGGCCAAGACACCCACUAUGCCCAGGAGCUGCUGGCAGUUUUAGGGGGCCAUACCGUGGACCCUGCCCAAGUGGGAGCUUCGGUGCAACACCUUUGCGUGGAUACUCCCAUCUACUGGGCCCGACGAGCAGAGGGGCCCCAGAGACAGCGGCUGAUCUACCUCUGCAUUGACAUCUGCUUCCCGAGCAACAUCUGUGUGUCCGUCUGCUUUUAUUACCUUCCAGACUAAGCCCCCUACCGAGCCCUCAUGGCCUUUGGUCCCACAGGCCACUCCUGUCCCUACAGGUCAGCAAGCUGGUCAGGUCACCAGCACCAACAAAGGGCAGCUGACAGUGGGGACAAAUAAACCCAGAUUACCCGGC